AUGACUUUAUCUGGAGUUUGGAGAGGAAUGGUUCCCUUUAGUGUGAAAUCGACCUACUAUCUUGCUGCUAACAUUGAUAAAGAUACCAUGGGGCCUGGCUUGUGGAAGGGGAUCUGGAAAAAGAAUAUGCCUUUUAAAUACAAAAUGCUUCUUUGGAAUGUUGUUCAUAACAUUCUUCCUUCUGCCUUCUUCCUUUCUAAACGCAUUCCUAAUUUUAAUCCACAAUGUGUUUUAUGCGAUCAUCCUGUGGAGAAUUUGUUGCACCUUUUCCGAGAUUGUUUAGUGGCCAUGAGUCUUUUUGGCACCUUUGGUGCUCAAGGAACAAAGCGGUUUUUGAAAGGGUUGUCAUACCACCCUAGAUUCCUUUUAAAUAGGGUGUUGGCAGACUUUUUCACUAACACUAAAGCGUUUCAAGUUGAUGGAGCCAAGGCCGGUGGCAGACAACUGGUGAUAAAGUGGAAACCACCUCGAAGUGGUUUCCUGAAGUUGAACACGGAUGGAGCUUGGAAGCCUGACUGGACUAAGGCCGGUGCUGGAGGUGUCUUCAGGAAUGCGACUGGUGAUUGGGAGUUUGGAUUUUCUAAAAAGGUGGAUGCUGGUUUGGCUGAGGCGGCGGAAUUGAUGGCAAUCAGAGAAGGACUGCAAAUUGCUUGGGACCGCAAUUUUCAUAACCUGGAAGUGGAAUGUGAUGCGAAGGGUGUUAUUAAGCUACUGUCAUCUCCACUAGAGGCUGAGAAUCAUCCGCUGGGGGUGAUAAUUAUGGAUAUCUGCAUUCUUCUCAUAAUGGACUGGAAGGUGGAUUUCCUCCACAUUAAAAGAGAUGGAAACAGGGUGGCACAUAGACUUGCUGCUGAAGCGGUGGAUCAGGUGGAUGAAAGAGUGGUGUACAUCACUGCUCUGAAUUCUGUUGAGGAGGCCUACUUCAAGGAUAAGGAAUUUGUGGCCAGUACUUCCUUAGGCCUGGAUUUAUGGGUUGGGUUGGUUUCCCAAGGAACUUGUUGUAAGCUUUAA